AUGGCCACCACACACGAUCCUCAGCGAAUCGGCAUAGAAAGUACGCAAAAUAUAAUUCUGAUAUGGUUAGACCGUAAUAUUGAUACGACUAAAGCAGAGUAUCAAAAUACGAUCGCAAAGCUUCAAGCGAUUAUUUCCGACGUCGAGAUAUACACUGAUGUUGAUCAAUGCGUUCAAUUCAUAGAAACAAUCGACGAUCGCAAGAUAUGUAUGAUUACUUCAGGUUCUCUUGGUCAACAUAUUGUUCCUCGUGUACAUGAUAUGACGCAAGUGGAUUCCAUCUUUAUUUUUUGUGGUAAUAGGGAACGAUAUGAAAACUGGGCUCGAGCAUGGUCGAAAAUAAAAGAAGUCUUCACAGCGGUAGGACCUAUCUGUGAAGCUUUGAAACAGGCAGCACAACAGUGUGAACACAACGCUGUAUCGAUGAGUUUUGUAGCGUCAGGCAAGCGAUUGGACCAGUUGGAGCCCUCAUUUAUGUAUACGCAGAUUCUCAAAGAAAUAUUGUUAACGAUCGAUUUCAAACGGGAACAUUUUCAAAACUAUAUUGACCAUUGUCGUACAUUGUUUGCUGAAAGCAAGGCACAAUUGAAAAAAGUCAAGCAACUAGAACGAAGUUAUGCUGAAAGAUCACCAAUCUGGUGGUAUAGCUAUGAAUGCUUUCUUUACCCUAUGCUCAAUCGUGCUUUGAGAACAAUGAACGGUGAUAUUAUUGUACAGAUGGGCUUUUUCAUAAAAGAUCUGCAUCAGCAUAUUCAACAUUUACACAAGGAACAAUAUUCUGACCGAUCUUCUCUUCAAAAUUUCACGGUUUACCGUGGACAGGGCUUAACCAAAGCUCACUUUGGUCAAUUGUUGGCAACAAAAGGUGGAUUAAUGUCCUUCAACAAUUUUUUAUCAACGAGUAAGAUCCAAGAGGUGUCUCUGUCGUUCGCCGGACAAGCGGCAGUGGGAGCAGAUUCUGUAGGGGUGUUCUUCGUCAUAAAAGUCGAUCCGUUACAAUCAAAAACGCCCUUUGCUUCCAUUCGCGACGUUAGUUAUUUCAGCCACGAAGACGAAGUUCUCUUUUCCAUGCAUUCGGUCUUCCGUGUUCACGAUAUCGAAACACUUGUUGAUAACGAAGAUCUCUAUCAAGUUAACUUGUCACUCACUACCGAUGAUGAUAAAGAAUUGUGUGUAUUGAUGGAUCAUAUACGAAAAGAGAGUUUUCCAACCCAUGGGAGCUGGUAUAGAUUAGGUGCGAUAUUAUUCAAAAUGGGACAAUCGAAUGAGGCUAAACAGAUCUAUCAGGUGUUACUUAACCAAACAAUAGAUGAUGAUGAAAAAGCAUCGAUCUAUAGUCAACUAGGUAUGAUCAUGUAUAGUCAAGGAGAAUAUUUCGAUGCGUUGAAAUUUCAUAAGAAAGCUUUAAAAAUUCGAGAACAAUCAUCUUCUCCAAAUCAAUGCAAUGUGGCAUUGUCCUACAAUAAUAUUGGCAACGUAUAUCUGCGUAGAUGUGAUUAUUCAAAAGCACUUUCGUAUCAUGAAAAGGCUCUAAGCCUUCGCCAACAGUUGCUUCCUCUCGAUCAUCCAGAUUUAGCAGCAUCCUACACACUUGCUUGUCAUGAAAAGGCUCUUAUCAUCCGACAACGAUCUCUGCCCGCAAACCACCCUGAAUUGGCGAAAUCUCAUACGGUUCUUGGUAAUAUAUAUAGCAAUUUGAAUGAACACGCGAAGGCAAUGAGGUCUUACGAACAAGCUCUUGCAAUACAGCAACAAUCACUUCCUUCUGAUCAUUCUGAUCUCGCUGCAACUUACAACAACAUGGGUGUACUUUACGAAAGUAAACUAGAUUACCAAAAAGCAGCAUCAUUCUAUGCCAAAGCUGUACAAAUUGCAGAACAAUCAUUAGUAGCAAAUCAUCCUGUUCGUCUUAUGUAUAUGCAGAAUUAUGCAGAUGUGAGAAAGCAUUUGUAA